UUUUUUUUUGUUUUCAAUGAAAAUAUUUUUGUUUUUUAUUUCAUUUAUUUUAUUUCUAGAGAUCAAAUACAGAAUGGAAUCGUUUUGAUCAAUUAGAAAAAUCAUAUAAUAAAACACAAAAACGUAUUGCACCAUCUCUUAUUGCCUAA